AUGCCCGAUCUCAACUCGGUCCCUGCGUCGCCUCGCUCUCUGGCUUCGUCACGCCGGCAAUCAUACCAGAUGCCUCCGUCUCGGGUUUCACCGUCGCCGCUGCUCAACAUAUUCCCCUCGAACCAGGAAGCCGUUAUUCGAGGGCACAACCGUAGUCAUAGCCAGGGCCAGGGCCAGGGCCAGAGCCAGAGCCAGAGCAACAGUCAGGGUCAGAGUCAGAGUCAGAGCCAGAACCCGAGUCACAGGCACAGCCGCAACCCGAGCCUGGGCCAUGGUAUCUCGGCCUUUCCCCCACCUCCGUCUCCGUCUCCAUUCACGACAAUGCAGCAACCGCUGCGGUCGUUGUCAAGCGAGUCCGGCGUUGGCCCUGGUCCUGGUCCGCUGCGGCACCCCCGGCCGAUGACGGCCUCGGACCUGCACAUGCAGCUCGAAAAGGAGCAGGAGGCGGUGGUCAAUCGGCUGACGCGAGAGCUCUCGCUUCUUCGAGCGGCCCAGAACGCUUCCGUCGUGUCCAACAGCUCGUCGGCCUCGGCCACGGCGUCGACGACGCACGAACCCGUCACCGAAGCCUCCCUUCUAUCCGGCUCGGGCUUCAGCAUCCCCACGGCCCGCCGCCACCAUCGCAACUCAUCGUCCGCUUCGCAACACUUUCCCAUGACCCAGCUCGCCUCAUCAUACGAGUCACGACACCCAACCGCUCGGAUGGGUCAGCCCGUUUCGCUAUCGCGCCAUGAUGGCACAAGCUCGCGGGUGAGCCGCACCGACUCCCCGGGCCCCCACGGCUCCUCCCUCGGACCCACGAGCUACUACCAUCAGCAGAGAGUGCCCCCGGCAGGUUCGCUGCCGAUGGGCUCCGCACCGGGCGGCGGAAGCAUGGCCGAUCAGAUGAGCCCGGGCCUGAUGCCCGCAACGUUCCGGUAUGAGGAAACGGCCUUUUAUCGAAACGAGCUGGAGACGGCGAAGAAGGAGAACGAGAUGUUGAAAAGACGGAUCCGGGAACUCGAGAGGGUCGUUCAGAGCAGAGUCCGAAGCGAGAGCGUCAGCACGAGCGCGAGCGCGAACGUCUUGCCCGUCAGCAACGCCGCCAUUGCCGGGCCGCGAGAUGCGGCGACGACGAGGCCAGGCCGAGGCCGAGGCAUGACGAGCCAGAGCAUGGCUAGCGUUAACAGCGUCGCCGUUGGCGUACCGGAGGACGAGGUCAAGGUGGGCGAGAGUGCUGCCAGUUCGGGCCUCGGGAACCGCCCGUGA